CCCUGAAACUCGCACAGCCAUGGGCUCUAUGCGGUCCGUCUCCAAAUAUCUUUCGGGGUCAGGGCGAAGGCGGUGGUCGAAUCAUGGAGCCAGGCCCGGCUCCAGACACCGCCAGCAAAAGAGCGGGCGGGACAGUCAAUGCUGGAAUCCGAUUUGAAACAAAAAUUCCAAGCAGGACCUCGAUGGAACCUUAGACCGUCAGCGCAUCGAACUGGCGGUCCGGUCUUGCCAACUUGACAACAAACUCUUCCGUCUUUCCAGCCUGUAAGGUACCAGACCUGCGGCUCUCUUUCGGACAGAUAACUCUAAAUAGGGAUUUCUGAAUCGCGGGCAAACGAACCAUCCAGCAGGACCUUGCUCCAAGAACCGUCUCGAAUUGGCGCCGAUGAAUCAGGCGUGGACCUCCGUCAUCGACCGCCGCUGAUUCCCGACCCCCAUCCACCACCUCGAAAUCCAGCAAAUCGCCCGCCCUCGACGCACAGCCGACCCAGCCAUUUCUUACGAAGCCACGACCCGCCACCCAUAAGCGCGCCGAAGAGCAAGACGACAGGAGGCCGCCAGCCACAGCCCCGGCCUCGGGGACGCCACGACAUAGCCCAAACCUAGCUCUCCAAGGGCGUUCGGCAAUCAAUCGAGAGAAGAAGAGAAGACCGUGAGAGAAUAAGCAACCCAGGGGAGGGGAGGGAAAAAAGGGAAAAAAAAUAGCAAAGAAACCAGCCCACCAUGUCGGCCUGGUACUCCAACAUCCUCACGACGACCACGUCGCGCAUCACGAACCUGCGCACGACGCUCCUGGGCGGCGACGCCGACGGCGACACCGAGGACGACACCAACGUCUGCCGCGUCCUGCGCGCCUACUACACCGAGAAGGGCCGCCCCUUCCCCGGCUGGCUCCCGCCCGACCCCAAGGCCCCGCCGCCCGCCGCCCCCGUCUACGCCCAGCCCACCGUCGGCAGCCGGUACGGGGCGGCGCCCGGCGGAGGACCGGGCGGCGGUGCUGCCGCGGCAAGCGGGCUGAGCUCGCUCUGGGACACGUCGGGCGGCGGCGGCGGCAGGCAGGACCAGCAGUCGCUGCGGCAGGGCCGGGGCCAGCCGCCGCCGAUACGCGGACAACAGCAGCAGCAGCAGCAGCAGGGCGGCGGCGGCGGGAGGCUGAACCCAUUUGGCGGUGGUGGCGGCGGCGGGGACCCGCGCGACGAGGUGCAGGCGCGCCCGCUGCCCAGCCAGCGCGCCGGGAGCUACCAGACGGCAUACGGGGGAGGGCCGGGCGCCGGCACGCCGCCGCCGGGGAGCGGCGGGUCGGCGCAGGACAGGCUACGGAACAAGCUCUUCCGCGGCGGCGGCCCGGCCAGCGGCGGCGCUAGGACCGUCAGCCCGGUCGGCAGCGGCCCGUACCAGCCGCCGGCUCCCAGCAGCGGCGGCGGCGGCGGCGGGUACGGCAGUGAUAACGGGGCGGGCUACGGCGGUGGGGGUAGGGCAGGUGGAGGAGGUGGUAGUGGCUACGGCGGAGGGGGAGGCGGAGGGGGCUACGAGGACAGGUCUGCGCCGGGCGGUAUGUACGAUAAUCAGCCAUCUGGUUAUGGUGGUGGCGGCGGCGGCGGCGGUGGUGGUGGACGACAAGCGGGCGGCCUGCCAUCAGGGCCGAGAAGAGGUCCACCCCAGGGGCCGCGAAUGCGAUGACGCGGCGGCGAAAUACCAUGGACGGCGGAGCCGUCGCUGUCACAAAAUGUCACCACGGUUGCCAUCAGCCGGCACUCUAACAACGAAGAAGGUCCCCUCGAUAUCGAACUCGGUCGUGCCUGUGUCGACAUAUGCCUAGGCAUGCCGCGGUGCUGUGCAAACAAAGAACCCACGACACGAGCGGACAGAUAGUCACCUUGAUGGCGGCGUCUGGAUGGAUGCAGUCCCGAAACCGUGUGUCCAGAAUAUGUUGGGCUUUAUACAGUUCAAUAACCUUUCUCUAAACUGCCGGGUCAUACGUCUUGCGGUGGGUGUAUCGAUUCGCAUACUGGCUUUGCUCUUAUUCGACAAUCCCACAACGCACGGCGCCGUUGAGCCUGCAGGCCAGGGAACUCUCAUUGCAACCCACAUUCCCUUUGCAAACAUAUGAGGAUUUUCUCUGUAGCUUUUGAAUCGUUUGUGAAAACUUCCUCUUUCUUGGGUCCUUUACUGUUUAUGCCCGUCUGUCAACUAUUCCUGUCCAGUGCCUUCUAAAGGCCGCGCUGGUGGUGACGCAACCUUCGCCUCCAGUGGCCAGGCUCCAGGCUGCACCCCUGUCCACCCUGCCCGGGGCUGGGACCUUCAAUGUACCCCGACCCCAAAGCACAG